ACUAAGGCGAAUCACCACUCUCCUCAAACAUAAGCCUUUCUCAGAAAAAUGAUUGCGCUGCUAUGCAAAACGAAGCUCUCAAACAUCAACACCCAUCUGAUUUCCGGCGCUUCUCAUCUUUUCCGGCGUCUCUCAACUGCCGAAAAAGCACCCAAAAUUCCCCAGAAAUUCAACAAGCACAGACUUUACGAAAAACUAUCACAAAUGUGGGUCACCGGCGGCGGCAAAAUUUCCGACGUUUUAGAUAAGUUUGACAGCAAUCUUUUGGAAAGCCAUGAUAUUGUUCAUUGCAUAAAGAAGCUCCGUAAAUAUGGCCGCCACCACCAUUGCUUUGAGAUCAUGGAAUGGAUGGAGAAAAGGGAAAUUGAUUUUUCGGAAUAUCCGUUGCGUAUAAGUAUACUAUGUAAAGUUAAGGGUAUUCAUGAAGUAGAGAAGUACUUUGAUAGUCUUCCUCCUGUUGCCAAAAACAACUCCACAUAUGGAGCUCUUUUAAAUUGCUAUUGCUCUGAAAAUAUGAUUGAAGAAGCAUUGGCUCUUUUUGGAAAGAUGGAUGAGAUGGGGUACGCAUCCAACGAGAUUGCCUUCACCAAUCUUAUGUGUCUCUAUAUGAAAGUAGAUCAACCAGAGAAAGUGCCUCAUCUUAUAGAGGAGAUGAAGCGGAGAAAUAUCUCUCUAGGCACUGUCUCCUACCAAGUGUGGGUUCAGAGCUAUGCAUGUCUUAAUAAUCUCGAGGGUUUAGAACAAGUUAUGGAGGAGUAUAAAAAAUGCAAGUCACUUAAAGACGUCUGGGGUAUAUAUAGCAACUUUGCCUCAGCAUAUAUCAAAACUGAACAGUAUGAGAAAGCUAAACCAUUCUUAAAAAAGAUAGAGGAAAUUUUGGAUUCUUCAGUGUAUCCUGAACGUAUUACUUAUCAUAUCCUAAUUUCCUCGUAUGCCAGCAUAGGUGAUUUAAAGUCUGUUGUCCGGGCAUGGGAUAAGUUAAGGUCCAAAUUUAAAGCUUGUAACAACACAAGCUACUUAACUAUACUUAAUGCCCUGUCAAAGCUGGACAAUAUUGAGCUUCUCAAAUACCACAUUGAAACAUGGAGAUCUAAGUAUAAGACUUAUGAUGUGAGGUUACCAGCUGUUGUUAUGGGUGCUUACCUUAGGCAUGACAUGUUUAAUGAGGCUGAGCUGCUGCUAAAGGAUGCUACAGAUAGAGCUGGACAAAAUAUAUGGGCUGCCCAUCUAUCUUUCAUGAAGUACUUCUUGCGAAAACGCCAGAUUGAAUCUGCUUUAAAGCAUUUAGAAGUGGCGCUGGCUAACCAAUGGCCUUGGCAUCGUAAUGCAGGGAAGCUUGAUGAUUUAUUUGAGUACUUUAUAGAAGAGAAGGAUGUUGAGGGUGCUGAACAAGUUUGCCAAAUGUUAGAGAAAGUUCAGCCUCUCCUAUCAAUGCUCUACUUGAGGUUACUUCGGACCUAUGCAGCUGCUGGGAAAACAGCGCCUGAAAUGCGUCACAGGAUGGUGCAAGGUGGAAUAGAUAUUGGAACCGAGCAUGAGGAACUGCUUGAGAAGGUAUGCCCUAAUUGAGCUAGGAGUUUUAGAUAGUAAAAAAACUUCAUCUUGUUGGGAAGUUUACUUUUAUUAGUUGAUGUAGUGGAAUUCUUUCCCUCUAAUUUUAAUCAGACCGGUAGCUUUUCUAAGACUUGUACAUUAUGAAUGUUGAUGAAUGAUGAUUACUAAUGGGUUUUAAGUUUA